AUGCCGUUCUCCACUAUAUCAAUUUAUAGUUUUGGGCUUGUCGCUUCUGAAGCUUUUUCAAGUAGACCUUUUCGUUGGCGUGUUUACACUCUUUUGGUAUUUUGUAGCUCUUGGACUUUUGGUUUGUUAUUUCUGGAGUUCGUUCCAGGUGAACCUCGUCGCAAUUUCUUGUUUUGUCUUGCAGUUGAAAUGAAUUUUGUUAUUCGUUCUGCAGGUAUCCCUUAUGAUGUUGAUGGAGCUAUCGUUCAAGUCUAG